AGCACAUUUUCAGCCAAAUUCCAACAACAGCCGCUUGAGACGGGUUGCCAGCCUGCUCGAUCAUGCAGCUCUCAAGGAGAGCUCUAGUGCUCUUUGCCGUGGCUGGCUUCCUGGUGGACCUCAUUAUUGCUGGCACUGAUUUCCACCUGGGCCACAUCUCUCACAAGGAUAGCCAUGCCAGCACCUACGAGUCGGCCACUUCUGACACCCUCACGUGCUGUUUGGUGCGUUUAGUGGUUUUUCCCGUGAUCUCGCUCUUGGCGCUCUUGGUUUACCGAAGCACUGAGGCCCGGUCGCCUCUUCGGAAGUUGCAACGGGAGCAGGAGGCCGAGGUCUCCUCCUCGCCACCACGGAACGGCAACGAGCUGCGCGUGCCCUUGGCCGAGGAACCUAUCCCGAUGCAAGUGGUCAACGGCGUGAAUGGUCACAGCAGCAGCGUGGCGAGCAGCGCGAGUAGUGUGGACAUGUUUGCGAUGAAUCGCGACCACGCCUUGCUCAUGAAGAAGGCCAACCGGCGGAAAGAGUUCAUCAUGAUCUUCCUCUUUGCGGUGAGCACAGGCAUGUCCUUUUACAAUGGCAUCAAGUGCAUUGUUUAUCACUAUGAUCCGCGCUUUCUGGUUCUGCAAGGGACCUUGCAAGCUCUCACUAUGGUCAUCAUCAAUGUGGAGUACUUUAUGUUGAAAACUAUCUUGAACAAGUUCACUGAAGAGCAAGGUGAGCUCAUCGCGCACAUUCACAUGCACCCCCUGUUCUUUGAAACUGGACUGAAAUGUCACGGCUGCGACAUUUGCAGUGACCAGAUGAAGGGCCCCCACUACGUGGCCUAUCGGUGCCGUACCUGCGACUUUGAUUUGUGCCCAAGAUGUUACAAGCAGAAGGAUAAGACCAGCGCCAAGGGCUUCGGAGCUCGAUCCUUAAGGGGCAACGGUGAGCAGAUUACCACCUGGACCUACUUCCGACGGAUCGUGGAUCUGGCGAUGGAUUUCUGGCCGACUUUGGUGGCCGCUUUGGUGUGUUUGGUGAUUAUGCAGAGCCUUCAGAUCUUAGCGCCCAAACUUCAAGGAUCGAUCUUCGACGGCAUCAUCGCCUAUCUGCAGAAUCCGGGUGUCGGAAAAGACCGCUUUCAAGAUGCGAUGGCGACCUAUGUGACCAUCAUGGUACUGCAAGGUGCAUUCAGUGGCUUGAAGUCCUUGGCACAAGAACUGGUACAAAGACGCAUGGCAUGUGCUGUGCGAUUGAAGCUCUUUGCCAGCGUCAUUCGCAUGGACAUUGCCUUCUUUGACACCAUGCACACUGGCCAGUUGACCUCGCGCAUGACCAACGACGCAAGUCAGAUGACGCAGCCCUUGAACACCUUGUUGAACGACUUGUUGGCAAACGUGCUACUGCUGGUAGGUGGGAUGUUCAUGGCCUUCCGAACCUCAUGGAAACUCUCGAUUUUGGCCUUGACCAUCGUCCCUCCCAUCACCUACAGCUACAGAGUCUAUGCCAAGUGGGCGCGCCGCGUCACGCGCUCCAUCUACUGCGCUUACGGCGAAGCGAACUCCACGGCGACGGAUGCCAUCAGCAACAUCCGCACGGUCCGUGGCUUCUCCACCGAAGCCUUUGAGUCCAACAAGUAUUCAGACAGCAUCAAUACGGCGCUGGGCCACGGUGUGAAGAACGCCUAUGUGGGAGCUUCUGUGACGGCCUUCUCCACCUACUUGAACUUAGGCACUGCUGUUUUGAUCCUUUGGUACGGCGGGCAGCUGGUCUGUGAUAGCGAAGGCAAGAUCAUGAGCAUCGGCUCUUUGAUUACCUUUCAACUUUACUGGAAUAUGAUGAACAACGCCUUCAUCUCUCUUGGGAACGUGUUCAAUGACCUGAUCCGCUCCUCCUCAGCGGCGGAACGGGUCUUGUCCUUGAUCGAUGCGCGGCCCGAUGUGAACCCCGACGAGGGAGAAGUCCUCGUGCGCGAGACCGUCAAAGGACACCUCAAGCUGCGCGGGAUCCAAUUCCGCUACCGCUCACGGCCGGACAGCAUCGUUUUGAAAGGUAUUGAUAUGGAAAUGCCGCCAGGGACGACUACUGCCUUGGUGGGAAAAAGUGGAGGUGGCAAGAGUACACUUGUCCAUUUGUUGAUGCGAUUCUACGAGCCCACGGCGGGAGAAAUCAUCUUGGACGGCAAAGACACAAAGUUGCUUUCCUCCAAGAGUGUUCGUCAGUGCUGCGGCUUCGUAGCACAAGAUACUCAAUUAUUCUCCUGCUCGAUUGAAGAGAAUUUGUCCUAUGGCUUGGGACGAGAUCACAGCAAGGAGGAAGUGAUCGAGGCAUGCAAAGCUGCAAACGCACAUGAGUUCAUUCUGGAAAUGGAAGAAGGCUACGAGACACGCGUGGGAGAGAAAGGCAUCAUGCUCUCGGGAGGGCAGAAGCAACGCUUGGCCGUUGCCCGAUGCUUCUUACGGAAGCCCAGGAUGCUGUUCUUGGACGAAGCCACCUCUGCGCUGGAUGCGGAGAAUGAGGCAAUUGUCCAGGGCGCACUGGAAUCUCUACUGCUGGAGCUCAAUAGUACGGUCGUUCUGAUCGCCCAUCGCUUGAGCACCGUGAUCAACGCCACACAGAUUUGUGUGAUUCACAAGGGUCUCAUCGUGGAGAGGGGCACUCACGAUGAGUUAGUAGCAAAAGGAGGCGUGUAUGCUCAACUUGUGAGCCGGCAGCUGUCUCGAGAUGCCAGUGCCGUGAUUGGAGCGAAGAAAGCGAAAGACACCAAGAACAACCAGACAGAAAUUGAUGAUUUGAUAGAGGAAAUGGAGCAAGCAGGCAAAUUGGCUUUGGAGGAAUAGGAGUGGCGCAAAAGCUAGGUUGAUCCUCCCAUGCGGUGGAAGAGCAUGAUGCUGGUGAUUGCAGUGACCCUUGCACUUGUCAUCUUCCAGUGUACAGAGUUUGCAUCGCUGGUCACCUGGAUUAGUGGUACAGUGGAAGCAAAUGAUCCUGCACCCACAUGACAUGUGCAAGCCUAGAAUCCCAACAUUGAACACGC